AUGCUUCCAAAGGAUUCCAGAGAGGCGCUUCAGUACAUGCUGCACACAAUUGUCUUUGACACCAGUUUUUCUCCAUGUGGUCGUUAUUUAGCUGCAGCAAAUAAAUUUGGGGAUGUAGCACUGUUUAGUCUGACUGCAGCGCUGGCGCCAGAUGUUCGAGACGAGGCCAAGUAUCCUGUAUUUACAUUUAAUGUCUACAAAAAUGGGGGUGUUUACAGUCUUACAAGUACAGACACUUUGUUGAUAUGUGCUGGAGAGGGGGAUAUUCAGGCAUAUAAAUGGUCAGAUAUUAUUUCCAAGAAUGCAAGGGUCGCCUGGUCUUUGGCAAUACCAAAAAAGGGUGUAUUUUCACAUCCUGAGGUGAACUCCUGUGUUGUUUACGAAGAUAAUGAUUCUUUGACUGGUCACACAGACUACAUCCACUCUGUUGCCUUGAAGGAUGAAGGAAAAGGGCUCAUCUCUGCGGCUGAGGAUGGCACAGCCAGGAUUUGGGAUCUUCGAGCCAAGGAGGCUGUACAUGUGGUGAAGCCCUUUGAACAUGAGAUGUGUACUCGGCCACACAUGGGAAAGUGGCUGCAGUGUCUGGCCAUGGAUGAGGAGAAUUACUGGCUGCUGUUAGGCGGAGGCCCAACUUUAGCAGCCUGGCAUCUGAAAACAUUGACACCUGCGGUGACCUUUGACACACCUGGGGUAGCACAGAACGUGACCAUGUUUUACGAGGACAAGAUAUUUUCAGCCGGCUCCAGCAAUGUUUUGAACCAUUGGUCAAUCACCGGUGAGCACAAAAUGGGAGUACCCGUCAGCCCUGUGUCUGUCUACAGCAUCGGGAUCAACUCAGCCUCAAAGUCUAAUAAGGUGAUGGUCGUUGCUGGCAGCUGUGAGAAACUGGACGUCUGCACCAACUUUGGAUAUAGGGCCUUCUCUCUCACAUUCUUGCCUCCACUUGCAUAA